CGACAUGCUACAAAGCAGUCUCAAAGUGUUUCUGGCCAGCCCUUCUGCUGCUGUAUGCACAUUGCAGUGGUGCAACAACCGCCAGCUGCGGGCUGUGUACACAUUCAGCCGCUGGGUGUCUUCACUCUGUGGCUCCACUGUAGACAAGAGAGGGUAGCGUAGGCUGGUCUGUCCGUCUUUUCCGGAAGAGAGGGUAUGAAACAUGGGACACAUCCCAGUUCAGCAGCUGAUCCUGCAACACAUCCAGCACAGAAGCCUGUGUGGAUGACUCUCUGUUAGUCUGUGUUAAUAGUCGGCUGUGAAUAGAGUGAAUCAAACAGGCACCGUGCGUCCAAACGGGACAUCCCCCAAGAUCCCUUUGACUGGAACGCUUAAACGCUCAAACACGCCCGAGCACUCAUUUGGCUCUGGUGAGACCCUGAACAUUGUGAGCACAGGCUGGCCCAGGUCACGUUGAUGCUGGUGGGCACACACUAGUACUGUCCUCGCCACCUGCUCUUGCUCUGCUCCCACCUCCCCACCCGCCAUGGCUGCAAGCAGUGACCCUGUCUGUGAGAGGCUGGAACCCGACUCUGACAAACAGACCAGCAGUCUCACAGACAUCAUGGCUGCCAUGACGACAAAAGACUCUGCUUCCAACGGCGUGAGGAAUGGCGGCGCUCAGAAGGACGGGGCUCAGGCCAAGAGAACUCAUCCGUUGCGGCCUCAUCUGACUGGGAGGAAGUUGUCGCUGCAGGAGAGAGGCACUUACCUGUCGUCUGGCUCUGGAGGAGGCUACACACACACCUCCCCUCGUGUGGCUCGCAGGCCCACCGUAGAGUCUAAACGUGUGUCCAUAUCAGACUCUCAGGACUGUAUCCAGUUGAACCAGUAUAAACUAAAGAGUGAGAUUGGAAAGGGCUCCUAUGGUGUGGUCAAACUUGCCUACAAUGAGGAUGAUGACAAACACUAUGCCAUGAAGGUGGUGUCCAAGAAGAAGUUAAUGAAGCAGUGUGGUUUUCCACGUCGCCCACCCCCAAGAGGACCCAAGGCAGCACAAGGAGAGCAGCCCAAAAUCUUAGGUCCCCUGGAGAGAGUUUACCAAGAGAUUGCCAUCCUUAAAAAACUGGACCAUGUCAACAUCGUCAAGCUGGUGGAGGUGCUGGAUGAUCCAGCGGAGGACAACCUUCACAUGGUGUUUGAGCUGAUGCCUAAGGGUCCUGUGAUGGAAGUGCCCACAGACAGUCCUUUUUCAGAAGAGCAGGCGAGGUUACACUUCAGAGACGUUAUCCUGGGUAUAGAGUACCUGCACUACCAGAAGAUUGUCCAUCGGGACAUCAAGCCUUCUAACUUGUUACUGGGGGAUGAUGGCCGUGUGAAGAUAGCAGACUUUGGGGUCAGCAACCAGUUUGAGGGCAACGAUGCUUUGCUGUCCAGCACUGCUGGCACUCCUGCAUUUAUGGCACCAGAGACCCUUUCAGACACCCGAAAGAGUUUCAGUGGAAAAGCGCUGGACGUGUGGGCCAUGGGAGUUACUCUCUACUGUUUCGUCUUUGGGAAGUGCCCGUUUAUUGAUGAGUACAUAUUGGCUUUGCACAAUAAGAUAAGGACUAAGCCUGUGGAUUUCCCAGAAAUACCAAAGAUCAGUGAAGAGCUGCAGGCUCUGAUCUUGCGGAUGCUGGACAAGAACCCAGACACCAGGAUCACCAUCCCUGAGAUCAAGAUGGACCAGUGGGUGACCCAGGGAGGCACUGACCCCUUGCCUCUAGAGGAGGAGCACUGCUCUGUGGUGGAGGUGACAGAGGAGGACAUCCAGAAUUCAGUCAAGUUUGUUCCCAGCCUCUCUGCAGUGAUCUUGGUAAGAGCCAUGCUGAGGAAGCGCUCCUUCAGUAACCCCUUUGAGUGUCCAAGCAGGAGAGAGGAGAGGUCCAUGUCUGCACCUGGCAGCCUGCUCAUGGACUCGUGGCCCUUCCGGCCCUCUUUAAAACUUCACCCCUCACUCAGAAAGAGCAGCACAGGAGAUGGACCCAGAGAAGGAGAGCUGGAGGACCUGCACGAAGACGAAGCCUCUUCUUGAGUGUUAAUAACACUCUCGUCAAUAGAACUUUGUCUUCAACUCGCCCCUUCAUCCUCACAUCUUCCUUAAAUCAGUGACACACUACAAAUGUAUCAUCAGAACACUGGAGAGACUCGAGCUUUUAAAUCUACUAUAUUGAUAAUAUUCAGACAUGUAUGCUCAGGCUUGCUUUCGUUUUAGCUUUCCCCCAUUUUCCUUCUCCAGUGUGAGACUAAGUUUUAUCCACAAUGUCGCUUGUCUUAACUGCUCAAACACUUACUGUUGUGACUGGCAUCAGUGAACCAGUGAGAGGAACUCUUCUAAAUUUCUGGAUCAUUAACAGUUUAAAUUAUUGUUGCAGGACAAGGACAAGAACAUGUUUGUCAUCUGGCAUUACACUAUAAUGUGAGGAUAUUUUUAUCAUUUACACAUUUGCAUGAAUUCAUAGGCCUCGUCACAGUCAUUGGUAUAGCCAGCCUGACAUAGAGGAAAACAAACCCUCUUCAAUGAUAAUCACAGCAUGUAAAUUAUACUAUAUUGUUGCUUCAUUGAACCAUAGGGCUUUUUAUUUAUAAUCAAUGGCCAGUCAUUUUGAUACUGUACAGAUGUCUUGAGGUAUCAUAUGUGUCAUCAUACGUGUUAGUGUCGCACAACACUACUUUUUGUAUUUGUGCCAUCAGUAGCUUUUACUUUGGAGCUGUGUGAGAAAGUUCUCUAACAGGAAGGAACAGAAGUCAGCUGUAUACGGGUGAUUACACAGAAAGGACAGAGGCUUUGAUAUGCUUGUUGAAAUGCUCAAAGUGACUUUUUCUGCUGUGUGAUGUGUAAUUAUUUUUGUGGUAUAAGUCAUUUCACGCUUCUCAUACUCUGUUAUAUGUUGCUUGUCUAAUGAUUUCUGUUCUGUUUGAUUUCAUGUCAAGUAACUGUGACAGGAAUUAGAGCAUUUCUAAUUGUAUGUUCUUUGAUGGUGAGUGUGAACAGACUGAAAUACUUUACAUAUUUUCCUUUCCAAAUUAGAAUGUAAUUUUAUGCAAUAUUCUUGGAUGCGGAGCUGAUUUAAAGGUAUGAAUAAUCUCAUCCAAGUUAAACAUCACUGAGUGCUCUUACGUGAGAAAUUGAAUCUGAUCCAGGCUAAGGGACAGUACACUGACACUUAUCAGUGACAAAGUUUUUCUCUUUCACUUUCUAAUGCAUGAUAAGAAAAAGUAAAACAGUAUGCACAUUGGUGGCUAUUGUGAAAGUUAUUAUUCCAUAAAUAUGCUAUACUAUAUAUAUAUAUAUAUAUAUAUAUAUAUAUAUAUAAUGUAUAGUGGUAUAUUAGAAAAUAUUAAUUAGAUUAAAGUUAAGGUUAAAUUGGAUUAUGCCACCAAAAAAUUAUUUUUGUUUUGCCUUUAAUGAGUUGUAAUAAGCCAAUACUAUAUUUUGAGAUUUUAGGGGCACAGUGUUGCUUUAUCUGUAUUCUAGUUGUCUGAAGAAAAAAAAAACAUUUUAAUGCUGGGUUGGGUCAAGUGUCAAAACUGAAAUUGAAUAUUCAACUCCCCUCCUCACCGCAGUAAUUUAUGUACAGUCCUUAACUAGGCGAUGUACCAACUAGCUAUGCAAGUUUGUAGAGCUGGGCAAGCUAGUUAGUUAGCAUGCUAACUCUGUGAGAUCACAAAUGUUUGGAUUGUAAAUUAAUGAAAAAUGUUUUUUUUUUGUGUGAUUUUAAUCUUUCUUUGCCAUGUAUUUGUUGGUUAUGUAAAAAACAAAAACUAGUCUGUGGGUUGUUUUGUCUCUGCUGACUCAGAUCAACAAGAACAUUUCUGCCUCCACAGAAGCUCUGCUUCAGAUAAAUGUUUAUAUAACUCCAUUUUGAUUCUAUCUCCCUCUUCUGCUGGCCUGGUGCGUCACCCUGUGAAAGAAAGUAUGUUUGGCUGAGUGCACUGAUCACUUGAACCAUGGUGAAAAGGAGCAUUUCACUGUCAUGAUUAGACCCUGGCUGACAACAACAACACUUCCCCAGCAUGGCUGCUUAGAAACAGGGAGUGUGGCGCUUCGCAUUUCCUCUAUUAAUAUUGCCCCCAGUCCUCCAGGGCAGGAUGCUAACUGAAGCAAAGAGAAUGGAGAUGGACUGGUUGAAUCUGAAUGGGAAAGCAUUACGCAUACGGUUACUGAGCCUCUGUGUGUAGGGAUUUAUGUUCAUAGAGGCUGGGUCUGUAUGCAUACAAGUCAUGAAUGCUAUUUAGACAUUCAGUUGUCAACUUUAUUUUCAUGUGGGUGCAGGAGAAUGUAAAGCUUUACAUAGUUUUAGUUUAUUGUUGUCAGUUGUCUUGUAAAAGGGUGGUACGAUACAUGUUAAAUUAGGACAAAUAAAAACCUUUAUGUGUCUGAAAUGUUGUAUAUGCAGUUUAAUAUGAAAUUAAGGUUUGUGGUCAUUUGUUUAAUAUGUUUCUUUUGUUUCUGUCACUCUACUGAGGAUGAUUGGAGUGAAAGUACUGAGGUCUGUUUGCAGGGUAACCUUCAAUGAAGGACUGUUUGAACCAAAAGUCUGAAAUUGUGUGUUUGUAUUUUAUUUGCUUAAAAACAUGACAUUCUUAUGUACUUAGUAUGUUCUAUUUUAUCUACAUGUUUCCAGCUUUACAAUUGAGUGUUUGUACAGACAUUUGUCAGUGUCAGUGGUGCAAUAUUGUUGUCUUCUAUCUUUGGUGCAUUAUUGGCUCAUUCCCCUGCUGCCAUGGCAGGCCACUCCUUUCAUCUGUAUUCUAGUUGUCUUUGUUGAAAAAAACUAAAAUAAUGCUUGAAUAUUUGCACUAUUCCACUUACAGUUUCAUAAUAAAGUAAUUGUGACUACAUAUAA